AUGCUCUCCACUCGCGUCAGCGUUGCCAUGCGGCACAGGGCCUCCCUAGUGGCUUGCCGAGCCGCGGCACAAGUGCCUGCGACCACCUUCAAUGAGGUGAAGUUCGUGAAAGAAGAUGUGGAGAAGGUCAUGAUGGAGUUGCCAGAUUACAACUUCUAUGAGUUCAAGGAACCGGUUCCUAACCCAUACCAAGGCACGACACUGGAUCGGAGCAUCCUGCUGGACCCUCCGGCACCGGCGCUGGUGGCGCCCAAGUUCGAGUUCUCCAAGCUCGAGAAUGGCAUCAAGAUUGCCUCGGUGGACAAGCAGGGCCUGACCGCCCGCCUCGGUCUCUACGUCCAUGCGGGCUCACGGUUCGAGACCUCCGCCAACUUGGGCGCAGCACACAUGGCCGCAUUGAUGGGCUUCCGGUCCACAGCCCAUCUCAGUCACCUCAGGACGGUGAAAACCUUGGAGCAGAUGGGCGCCGAUCAGUCGGCCUCCGCCAAGAGCGGCAGAGAGGAGAUCCUCUAUCAGGUGGAUGUGCAGCGGGAGAUGCUGCCGUAUGUGGUGCCUUUGAUGGUGGGCAAUGUGAUCUUCCCUCGCAUGUUGCCUUGGGAAGUGAAAUCGGCACAGGGAGAUGUGAAGACCGACAAGGAGGCGCUGAUGUCCAACCCCGACAGCAUGGUGAGUGAGCUGCUUCACAAGGCGGCUUACUGCAACAACACCCUGGGCCGAAGCCCACUGAUGAGCGAGAGGUCUAUGGGCUAUUUCACACCAGAGACUGUGCGGGGCUACCUCUUGGAUCAUUUCGCCCCGGAGCGCAUGGUCUUCGUGGGGGUGAACGUGCAGCAUGCGGAGCUCACCAAGUGGGUCAUGCGCUCUUUCGCAGAUUACAAUGCCAUCCCUAUGAAGAAGCGUGAGGACACCAAGGCCACCUACACCGGUGGCGACAUGCGAAUGGAGGGCAAGUCCCCCUACUGCCACCUCGCGCUCGGGUUGCAGUCCUGCGCCUUUGGGCAUGCUGAGCUGGCGCCCGUCGCCCUCAUCCAGGAGCUCCUGGGCGGUGGAGCGGCGGCCACCAGCACCAUCGGCUCCGGUGUGACCUCGCGGCUCUCCACCCAGGUGGUGAAGCAGAGCCCCUUCGUCGAGUCGUGCAUGGCCUUCAAUACCUCGUACGCCGACAGCGGCCUCUUCGGCGUCUACGGCGUGGGCCAAGCCGAGAAGGUGUGGCAAAUCCCGACCGAGAAGUACGUGGCCUCGUUGGAAGAGCGCGCAGAUGCUCUGUCCUUCAUGCCGACCACGAAGACGCCGCCCGAAUCAUCCGAAUCCACAGGAACAGCUUCGGGUACGAAUGAUACAUUGCCGGAGCGGGCCACUCUCCCUUCUGCUGGCAGUGUGGGGCAUCCAGAUUUUUGUCGGAGGCCUUGCGUCUUGUGGGCAUAUGGUGAGUGUCCCAAAGGCGCGACUUGCGACUUUUGCCACUGUACUCACACCGAGCGUGCGAAGGCCAAGUUUGACAAAUUUCAGCGGGAAACACUUCAUGCCCUUUCGGAGUGUGUACCGUUUUGGAAGGAUCGGAUGCGUGCGAAAGAGUGA